GGCCCCACCCCAGCCAGUCGCCGCCGCCUCCUGUCGUCGUUGUGUCCUUCCAGCCUGCCAGCAGGGAGAUCUGCCCGGGAAGAUGUCUGACGGUCUUUCGCUCGCUGACGCCCUCUCUAACAACCCGGGGGCUCCCCCAGGCUACCCUGGCGCACAGCCCUGCGCAUACCCCGGCGCAUACCCCGGUGCACAGCCCGGCGCAUACCCCGGCGCACAGCCCGGCGCAUACCCCGGCGCACAGCCCGGCGCAUACCCCGGCGCACAGCCCGGCGCAUACCCCGGCGCACAGCCCGGCGCAUACCCCGGCGCACAGCCCGGCGCAUACCCCGGCGCACAGCCCGGCGCAUACCCCGGCGCACAGCCCGGCGCAUACCCCGGCGCACAGCCCGGCGCAUACCCCGGCGCACAGCCCGGCGCAUACCCCGGCGCACAGCCCGGCGCAUACCCCGGCGCACAGCCCGGCGCAUACCCCGGCGCACAGCCCGGCGCAUACCCCGGCGCACAGCCCGGCGCAUACCCCGGCGCACAGCCCGGCGCAUCAGGAAUGUAUCCCGCUCCUGGGCAGCCAUCAGGUGGCGGAGCACAACCGAACGCCCCAGCGAGUGCGCCUGCUGCUCCAUUGAAAGUCCCCUGUGAGGUCCCUCUGCACUCAGGGCUAGUACCUCGCUUGUUAAUAACCAUCGUCGGGACGGUGAACCAAAGGCCAAAUAGAUUUCAGGUGGACUUCAAGAAAGGGAAUGACAUCGCCCUCCACUUCAACCCCCGCUUCAACGAGGACAACAAGAAAGUCAUUGUGUGCAACACCAUGCUCUACAACAACUGGGGGAAGGAGGAACGCAUGGCCCCCCGGUUCCCUUUUGAGGCCGGGAAACCUUUCAAGAUCCAGAUCUUGUGUGAAGCCGAUCACUUGAAGGUCGCCGUCAACGAUGCCCACCUGCUGCAGUACAACCACCGCAUCCGAGAGCUGAACCAGAUCACCAAGCUCUGCGUGGCUGGUGACGUCAGCCUCACCAGCAUCACCCCGACCAUGAUCUAACGUCUGGCGCCCCGCGGCUUCGUGCUCCGUCUGCGUGUUAAAGCAGGCUGUCUUACGGAAGCUCCCAGCCCCCCAUUAAGUUUGUAGGCAAAAAUCAUAAAUAAAUGUGGGGGUCAAGCCAAAGGAAAGUUGACUGUUCUGUGUUCCGUUCGUGGUCACGUAAGCGGGCGAUGCAAUAAAAUAGACAACAUUUAAAACCACAAUAAA